UCUUUGGCCUCUGACCUUACAGUGAUGUCACAGCAGCCCCCUGGCAACAGCGCACCCAGCACCUCCUGACUACUCCCUGCGGGACAGCUGGGUGUGAGGGUGGCAGCCUUGCGCUUGGGCCGAGGCUGGGCUGGAGGAUGGAGAAGGACACGGGGAACACACACAGGAGGCACCGGCCCGGCCCCAGGGUCCUGCCCUCAGGAGUGGCCCUUGGGCACCUCAAGGUGGCCAGCAAGGCCUCUGAACUUCAGCGGAGCAGGAGCCUGGAAGGCCUGCAGCCCAAAGGGGACCCUCCCAGCCACCCUAGGAAGCCUCGCAAGGAGCCGGAGUCCGAAGAUCAAGGGAAAGACCCAAGCAGUAGCGAGGAAGAUGUCAGCUGUCAGGAAAACCUAGUACAAGACAAGAAGGAAAGCUUCGGCACCCUUGGGAAGCUGGGUCAUGAGAGUGGAAAACGGGACCCAGAGAGGGAGAAGAGCAACUCGGAGGCCAGCACGCAGGAGGCACGGGAAGGCGAGCACGCGGACGGAGGCUCGCAGGAAGCCAAGGAACAGGAGGCAAAGUCCAUAAAGCUAAAUGACCUUCAGGAAAAAGAGAAAACAUCUGUGUUUGUGGAGAUUGACCUGGGAGACCAUGCUGAGGAGGUGGUCUCUGACGCCGAGAAGGAAGAGAAGCCGUUCCAGAUGGAUGUGGGAGAUCUGUCAGAAGACGAGAUGCACACCAGCUGGGUGUGCUGCAUCCCGUACUCCACCAGGAAGAGGGAGAAGGAGAGCACCUAGUGCCCCGGAGAAGGUGCUCAGAGCUUGACGAAGAAGAGGAAG